UGGGGACCAAAGAAGGCGGACCCGGAGCAGACCAUAAGUGACAAACGGCGAAGCAUUCCUCCAAUGAAAUGAGCUUCAGGAGCUGACCCUAGCCCAAUAAGCAACGUAGGUGGGAGAAUACCGCCGCCCAAUCACGAGCUGUAGCUUUCCAGAGAUGGGUCCCAGUCUAUGGCCUUCCGACUUCUUCUCACUGAAGGCGGUCCCAGUCGAGCCAAUCGCGACAAGCCAGUGCUGCCCAGCGAGCUCCUCAAACGCUCCAGCUUCUCAGCUGAUUGUUUUGGUCCGGAGUUGUUAUGGGUUUUUUUGGCAACUGUGGAGCCGCAGGAGGAGGAGCCCAAAUCUUACUCUGCACCUUCAUCCCCAGAAGCGGGAAGCCUCAGAAACUCCGCCGAGGCUUGGGGAUCCAGUUAUUAUCGUUCCCGGAGGCUGGGGUGGAAGGGGUGUAACAAGAAAAUCCUUAUCCUCCCACUUGACUGUGAAGGCUCCAAGUUCGGUCUUUUCCUGCCCGCGCUGUGCCUCCCACCCUCAGCUCCUUUCAUGAGAGUGACGGUCAGUGGCUCCCCAGCUGCUUUUGCGGCUGAUGGGGGGGCGACAAUGACCAUCAGUAGAGUCGAGGAAGGCGAAAGAGCAGCAGCUGCCACUGUGGUGCCUGGCACGGUGCAGCUUGCACUGAGCAUCCUACAUACCUUCUUAUACGCUGCCCUCUUCUCAUUUGCCUACCUUCAGCUGUGGCGACUGCUCCUUUACCGAGAGCGGCGGCUGAGUUACCAGAGCCUCUGCCUCCUCCUCUGCCUUUCGUGGGCAGCACUCAGGACCACUCUUUUCUCUGCCGCCUUCUCCCUCGGCGGCUCCCUGCCCCUUCUCGGGCCGCCUUCUAACCUCCAUUUCUUCUCCCGCUGGCUACUCUACUGCUUUCCUUCCUGCCUUCAGUUCUCCACACUCUGUCUCCUCAACCUCUACCUGGCAGAGGUUAUCUGUAAAGUCAGAUGUGCAGCUGACCUUGACAAAAACAAAAUUCUACACCUGGGAUUUAUGAUGGCAAGUCUUCUCUUUUUGGUGAUGAACUUAACUUGUUCAAUGUUAGUUCAUGGAGAUGUUUCAGAAAAUCAAUUGAAAUGGACAAUAUUUGCUCAAGCAAUAAUUAGUGAUGGCCUUGUCAUUCUUUGUGUCAUUUCAUUACUUAGUUAUAUGUGCAAAAUUUCAAAACUGUCAUCAGCAAAUAUCUACCUCAAAUCAAAGGGAACAUCUGUGUGUCAGACUGUUAUAGUAGGCUCAGUAGUCAUUCUUCUCUACUCUUCAAGAGCUUGUUAUAAUUUGGUGGUGAUUACUCUAUCUCAGGAUACUAUAGAAAGCCCAUUUAAUUAUGGAUGGGAUAAUCUUUCAGAAAAGAAUCAUAUGGAAAACAUCAGUGAAGAAGAAUAUGUAGUGUUUGGCAUGAUCCUCUUUUUGUGGGAACAUAUACCAGCCUGGUCAAUGGUACUGUUUUUCAGAGCACAGAAGCCAAACCAGAAUUUGGCUACUGAUGGUAUUGUAAAUAGUCACAGUUAUACUUCCAGAGCUUACUUUUUCGACAAUCCAAGGCGGUAUGAUAGUGAUGAUGACUUGCCAAGACUUGGAGGUUCAAGACAAGGAAGUUUAUCUAAUUCACAAGGCUUGGGUUGGUAUGGAACCAUAGCUGGAAGUGGCAGCAACAAUUUCAUAGUCAAUCCUCAUCUCAAUGGAUCAACAUCAGAUUCUGCUCCUUUGCUCUUUACUUGUGGUAACCUAGACAUGAACAAUCACCAUAGCUUAUAUUCAACUCCAUAAAACUGGUAACACCACCAAAAUCCAUAUUCCUAUUCCUAUUUUCAUGAGUAUGUAUUUUCUAAGUAUUUUGGCUUUAUCCAUAUCAACAUUCCAUUACCUUUUAUAGCUAAGAGGGAAAAAAUAAAGCUAGAAUUACCUAUAUAAAUGGAAGACAAAAUCAUUACUCAUGAUCUCUUCGUUGCACAUGAAGGAGAAUUGAAACUUUAGAGUUGGAAAUAAGGACCCUAGUAUUUCCUGAUUUUAGAAACAUUAAAUGCAUAUUUGCACUUUUUUUCCAUUAUGCUCUGGAGGAAGAAACAAUAAUUUGCAGAAUAGUCUAGAGUUCAAAUUGUUUUGUUUUACUGUACACCAAACUUGGGCAGCGGUCUUUCUGAAAAGAUCAAAGUGUCAUAAGAGAAUUUUGGUACUGACUUAAGUACCAUUUCUUUUUGAAAACAGCAACUAGCUAGAGCCUACAAUAUCAAGCUGAGACAUGAACUAUAUCUCUGGUGCUAUCUAGUUAGUUCCUGCUCUGUGUUUCUACAAAAUUCCAGAUUGAUAAAUCAGCUAUAUUUCCAGUGUUUCCUAGCUAGUUUUCUGUUUUAUAGAUCUUCCCCUUCUGCUAUCCAUUUUUUGAAGUGUAAAUCUUUACCUUCUUCUACCCUCUGCAAAAUUCCACUGUAAUCAUCUUGCCUUAUAACUAAAACCUAUAUAAAGUUUCUUAAAAUGCUGUUCAUGGCCCAUUGUUUUUUGUGAACCAUGGGUCUUUGCUCCUAACACAUAAUAAACUGGUUAUUAAAAUGUCUCUGCAUGUUGAUAAGUAUAAUUGGCAGUAGCACCUAUCAACAAAUCCUUGGAUAACUUCCAUGUCAAAAGCAUAUGUUAUGGGGGCAGCUAGGUGGCACAGUGGAUAGAGCACCAGCCCUGGAGUCAGGAGUACCUGAGUUCAUAUCCGGCCUCAGACACUUAACACUUACUAGCUGUGCAAGUCACUUAACCCCAAUUGCCUCACUAAAAAAAAAAAGCAUAUGUUAUAUAUUCAGUAAUGUUCUCUGUAUAGAACUGCAAAAUUAAUUAGAAGGACAUAAAGCAAAUUCAAGCAUAACAGUUCAAUACUUUAAAAAUACAUACCAGAAGUAUUAAGUUUCUAAAGAAGUGGUCUUUUAAACAUGAAUUCUAAAACACUAACCAAAAUUUUCUUGAAAGUAUUUAUAAUUGUUGUAGUAACUUUAAUACAGUGGUGACUAGCAUUAGUCAAUAAAAGGUAAUUGUCAAUUCUUAUUAGGCAAAACUAGCUAAUGAAUGCUCUGACUAGACUUCUUGGUCAAGAGAUUCUUUUGCAGUAAUAUGACUUCAUUCUGUACGGAGUACCUGAAAGCUAGUUUUAUCAGGGGAAAAAAAAACAAUGAAAAAACAACGAAUUUAGGGGCA